UCGUAUGCUAUUAGGUAUUUUGUAAAAUGGAUUCUAUAGAACAGAUCUCGUGCUGGCCUCCUCCACAGUCCACACUGGAUCAUGUUACGGCAGAUUUGGAGGAAAGUGGCGAGGAUAAUGAAGCCGACUGUAUCCCCACUUUAACAUACAAAGAAAGUAAGCGCGCUAAGUUAGACUUUGACGAACCUGUUGCGCGUGUAGCGUUUGCUACAUGGUUGCGUAGACAAAAUGCUUGCAAUUCGGGAGUUGUUGCGAGUAAUUUAAACCCAAGUUCAAGGCUCUACCAAGCUACAAGUACCAAGGAGGGUGUCAAGUUCCUUAAUCAGAAACUCAGAGUUCUGGAAAAGCAGGAACCAAAAUAUGAAGAUAAUUGUGAGUUCUAUAGAGUGCUCGCGACAUACUGUGACCUACUCAACCUAACCGACACAGCUAUAGAUUACUGUUUGCGAAGUCUGAAAUUGUCAAAUAUUCAACCAGAUUUGAUCAUCUCAGCUAAAUCAAAGGAAUAUAAAGUUAUUGUUGAGGGCUGGAGUGAAGAGCAGCAGGAAGCAGUUUGGCUGUAUUUUAAACUAAGAGCUGAAAAGCAAAUGCUGCUACAAUCAAAACCAUCAGACUUUAAAAAUGUCGACCAACUGAAUAAAAACGACGAAGUAUUAAAAGAGGGUGACAAAGAACAUAAAGAGGACGACGGAGAUUCUAAAAAUGGCGACGAAGAAUUCAAAAAUGGUGACGUAGAACUUAAACAUGGCGGAAAAGACGCAAUAAAACUUUCAGUACAACGAAUACCUGCCGCAGAUUUAUCGAUUGAAGAUUUUAGAGUUAAUUAUGUUGCUAAAAGAAGAGGUGUUAUAAUUACAGGGUGUCCCCCACCCACCUCCCAACCCUGGACUCACGACUAUAUAAGAUCUCAAGCUGGUGAGAGCAAGGUGACCGUCAAGUCUAGCUGCCCCGAGUCCACGGAGUGGGCAAACCUACAAGAUGUCAAGGUUCAAACAGUACACGACUUUUUGGAUCAGACCUCGUCCCAAAACUACCUCUUUGACUGGAGUUUGCCGCUUAAUGCGCCUAAGUUGGCGGCAGAUUUCAAAAUUCCGCAAUAUUUUUCUCACAAUUUGUUGAUGAAAACGCCUUUAGGAUCCCUCUACCGGGAUAGCUGGCCAAGUCUGUUCAUUGGUCCAAGAGGGACGAAAAGUGGACUUCAUAUUGUUGCUUUUGGAUCUCAUUUUUGGAUGUAUUUAGUAUCUGGGGUGAAGAAAUGGACUUUUUAUCCCCCAGAACGUGCUGGGGAUUUGAACCCUGUUUUUUUUGACAGCAUGGAUCCGGUUUUUAAUCCGUCAAUAGACAGCUUUCAUAACAUUCAGCAUUAUUCCGUCGAUCUGCGAGCUGGUGAACUCCUGUUUGUUCCUGCAGGAUCACCUCACCAGGUCCAGAAUACAGAGGAUACAGUGGCGGUGUCCGGCAACUUUGUGGACGAAACCAAUCUUAACGAGUUUAUCGGUCACCUCAAGAUUAACGGUCUUCUAGAUCCUAGAUCAAGAGAUCUUCUACAAGAUCUAGAUAAUCUAAACCUUGUUAGCUAAAAGAUCAAUUAUUGUUUAUCUAGAAACCAUCUUCUAGAUCAUCUGAACUUUAUUGAAGAUCAAUUCCUGUUUAUCUAGAAAUCUGUAAGAUCAAGAUAAUUGGAACCUCUUGAAAAAUAAUUAUUGUUUAAAGUAUUAUAUAUACAAUAAGUUUAUUAAUAUAUAAUCUUCUAUAUCUA